UUGUUGUAAAGUAAAUUUGUGCUCUAAAACUAAAUGUCAGAAAUAUUAUCACCUGAGGGAUUACGGUGUGAUGGCAGGCGUCCACACGAAAUGAGAAAAUUGAAAUGUGAAGUUGGCAUUGCUCAAGAUGCAGAUGGUUCAGCAAUUGUCGAACAAGGAUACACUAAGGUACUUGUCACAGUGUAUGGUCCAAGAGAAUGUGAAAACCGUGCUAAAAGGACUAACGAUCGAGCAAUAAUCUCUUGUUCUUACAACAAAGCAACAUUCAGUUCUGGUGUUCGUAUGCGGAAGAUGGUAACUGAUAAGAAGUCCACUGAAGUCAGUGUCAUGAUUCAAAACACUUUUGAAGCAGCUAUAUUGUUAGAAAAAUUCCCUAAGUCCCAGAUUGACAUUUUUGUUCAAGUAUUGCAGAGUGAUGGAGGUGAGCGUUGUGUUGCAAUAAAUGCAACUACGCUCGCAUUAAUCAAUGCUGGUAUUCCUAUGAAGGAUUAUGUUUGUGCGUGUGCUGCAACAGUUUACCAAGAUACUGCACUAUUAGAUAUCAAUCAUCUAGAAGAAUCUUCAAGAGGACCUCUAUUUAUGUUAGCAGUUAUGCCUAAAUCAGAACAGAUUGUUCAAUUGCAACUUGACAACAGACUUCAUAAUGACCAUUUAGAUAAAGUGGUGAAACAAACUAUUCAAGGUUGUAAAGAUAUGCAGGUGCUGUUAGAUCGCAAAAUAAAAGAAAGGACAGUAGAGGCAGCUGCUGCAUAUGACAUAAAACCCAGAGUGUAAUGUAAGUUACACUGUAAGUCUCAAGAUUUUAAUUAUUUUAGUAUGGUCUGACAAAAUGAUAACUACUGCCCUGCUCACCAAAUUGUGUUUAUCUG